UAUCACUAGUGUUGGCGUUUUUAUUUUUCUGAGGCAUUACGUUGUUCGUUUUAAUAUAUAAUUAUUAAUUUUAUGGACUGAUUAUUAUUUUAAUGAUAUUCAAUUGUAUUACAUUUGCUGUGUAGUAUUCUUAUAUUUGACAAUUUUUUCGACUUCUUAUCUAUUUUUUUAUAUUUAUAACAAAUUCAUUUAAUGCAAAUUUUAUUUCAACAAAUCAGAAUUUUGAUUUGUUGAAUGUAUACAGUUUUAUUAAAAUAAUCAUAAAUCAGUGUUAUUAUUACUUGAUUUCAAUCAAUUAAAAUAGCUUAAAAAAUGGCAGUAUCCAUAGCUAUAGGAAAAAAAAAUUGCGAAGAAUUAUCUGAUUAUGAAAAAGAAAGGUUGCGAAAUAUUAUGGAAAUGCAAGAACAGUUCAGCGAUUUAUUUGAUGAAGUAAAACGUUCAGCUGAUGAUUUAGCUAUAACUGCAAAUGUUCCAUCUGGUCAACUACAUGUAAAUAGGAAACGUUCAAGAAAUCCUCAAGGCUGGCGACGUCCAAAUAAAAUAAUUUCGAAAUUAUCCAAUACUUCUGAACGCAUUAUAUGUGUUAGACGAUCUGCACGAAUCAGAAAUGAUAAUAAGAAAGCUGACUACAAUGAUUGCAGUGAUGAUGAAAUCGGAGAAAAAAAAAAACGACAAGGAACAAUUCGUGUAAUGUUUCCAUUUUUUAAAAAAGUUGAAAAUCAAGAAAGGGAUCAGGAAUAUUAUAAUUCCUUAGGUGAUAGUGAUUUCAUACUUAGUGAUGACGAUAUCGAAUAUGAUGAUGAUGAACCUCGUUCAAAGAGAAAGCGUAAUAGUAGCUCAGUUCCUGUAGCACGAUUGACAGUUUCACAAGUUACAGAAGAAAUGUUGGCAAACAUAACAUACAGCUCUUGUGGAAAAAAGUAUAGUGCAGAUAAAGGAACGACAUGUCACCAAUGCAGACAAAAAACUUUAGAUCAGAAGUCAUAUUGUCGUUACAAAGAAUGCAGAGGUGUACGUGGGAUGUUUUGUGGCUUUUGUCUUGGAAAAAGAUAUGGCGAAGAUGUUGCUGAAGUUCUAUUAAAUCCGAAAUGGGUUUGUCCACCAUGCCGUGGUUAUUGUAAUUGCAGCAUCUGCAGACGUAAAAAGGGUAGAGAACCAACUGGUGCAUUAGCCCUCCAAGCUUCAGCUGGUGGUUACAAGUCUGUUAGACAUAUGCUAAGUACAAUUGAAGGAGAAGCACCUUCUAAAACUUUAAGUAGUGACUCUGAAAAUGAAGAAAUUGACUCUAAUGAUGAAAAAGAAAAUCAUCAAAAUUUAAACAACUUUGGAAAUGUCUGUAAAGGAUUUUCAAAUAAUGAAAGUGAAAAUGAAAUUUCUGAUAAAAGAAAUAGAAUUUUGAAAAUUAUUAAUUCAAUUACUUUAGAAGAAACUAAGACUGAUGACAAUAUUGAAAUGACUGAAGCCCAUAAAAAUGUUGAACACUUAGAUAAGCAAAUAUUGUUUGAAGAAAAAAAUAUUAACCUACAAAAUAGUCUAAAAGAGAUAAGCUAAUAUAUGAAAGUAAAGGUUUUAACGGAUUAAUAAACAUCGUAAUUUAUUUGUACCUCAAAUACAUUUGAAAUAUUUCUACUAAAUACACAUGUUUUUUAUUUAAAAAAUUUUCAAGUAAUCACAUUUAUAAAAAUGUUUUGUAAUAAAUUAAAAUUUUUUGAAAUUAAUUUGUAAAGAGUAAUAUAUAUUUUUUGCUUUCUUAGUUUUUAAAAAUUAUGUUAUAGAAAUUGAAAUAAAUUUAAUUUUUGUCAAUUUAA